AUGACAACAAGAGAGGGAGAAAAGGUGAUUGAGAACAACACUGUGCUUCAGGAUAAAGCCGAUGAAAUGAUAGAGCUGAACAAGAUGAAGAAGCAGCUGUCGGAGCUGCGCAGUCCACUGCUCAAAGACGCCAUCUCCACAGCUGCGUUCCCGAUCUCACCGACCCAGCAAGCUAGCGUGCGCAUCAGACGAUGCCGAGCUCAGCUGUCUGCCGCCUACGACGACACGGAGUACGAACCCUAUGGUCUGCCGGAGUAG